GAAUACAAAUAGGUCUCCGUAAAGUGCGCUAGAAACGAGUGACUCAGAGAAACAUGCUGCGGGUCAUGUGUGAAGACACUGUCACGGGCUGGCACACUCGCGCACGCAUGGAAACACAUAUUCACAGGCGUAUAAUGAGGCAGGCGUGCACAUAGGCGCACCCGUUUACAGACAGGGGAAAGGCUCGCACACAUAUUUAACUGAUCUAGCAUACCUCCUCAAUUUACCAGCUGCUCCUGUCGGAACCAGUCUUGACUAAUGACCACCUAUUUGAUCGUUUUACUUCGUCCCAGCCUUUAACCCUUGCAGUAAUGCAGUCAUACUUGUCCUCGGAUCGUGGGAGGUGAGUGUUGUUGUGACUGUGGUUGGCAGAGGGGACUGGGGGGGCGCUCUGCUCUGCUCGGCGCAGGACGCAGGAGAUAGUCGCUCUCCAAGGUGCUGAAAGUCGGAGCGCUCCCUCGUCAGUCUCGCCUGCUGAUGAUGAACGUGACCUCGGCCACAAAAUCAAAAAAUGACUGGCUUCAGCCGCGAAUGGGUCGAUUUUUUAUACUCUUUAACUUCUACCCAUGUGGAUUUUUUAUUUUCCGCACAACUGCUGGAUGUAUACACACAUGUGCAACAAGACUGGCUGCUGCUUUCUAAUAUUCACCUCCAUCGUGGGGAAAUACUGAAUUGACUCCGGAUUCUCAGGGAACGCUAUAGAGGAUUUCUCGAGCAGUUUCUUUUUCAGUCUCUCUUUCUCUGUCUGUAACGCAUGCAGUUGGACUUGAACUGCGAUAUUGUCUCGAAAAGGUGAGUCGAAUGAGGAUAAUCAUGAAGAAGACCUACUUUUACGCGGAUGUCUUUUUCUCUGCAAGGGGAAAAAGGGGAGCAAACCUCCAAAAGGCUGUUGUUUAGUUGCUUUUAAGCACAUCAUCACGACAAGAGGGCGGAUUACAGUAUCUCGUGGAGACUGGUGAUUUCAGCCUGUGGAUAGAGUGAAGUUUCCAAUAGGCAAGGCGACUAUUUGUAAUCUGUCGCCGCUCUCUGUGUUGGGGAUCCUGCCUUCACACUUAGUGGAUAUCAGUCUUAUUCAAAGCGCUCAUUUCCUUACGUGAUGGUGGUGAUAAUGAAGCCCUGGACAGAUCCGGAGAGGAUACAGAGAGGCUAAGGAUGACAUCCACACAGCCGUUUUGAACGUGGAUGUCAAUGCCGCGGCAAAGGAUGGGCCUUCUCCUCUUGACUACCUUCGUCCCCCUGUUGGCCCUGAGCGCUGUGUCACCGGCCACGGUGGGUAACCCCGAGGAUUACGCCGCAGACGAGGCGGAGCGGACCGUCGGUGAGAACAUUGUGUUUGAUGACUACCGGGGCAAGGGAUGCGUGGAUGACAGCGGCUUCGUCUACAAACUCGGGGAACGUUUUUAUCCGGGACACUCGAACUGCCCGUGCGUGUGCACAGAGGACGGGCCUGUGUGCGACCAACCCGAGUGCCCGAAACUGCAUCCAAAGUGCACCAAAGUGGAACACAAUGGAUGCUGCCCUGAGUGCAAAGAGGUGAAAAACUUUUGCGAGUACCGAGGGAAAACCUAUAAAAUUCUGGAAGAAUUCAAGGGUUUUCCAUCUGAUGAGGAAGGGACCAGUCCACCCAGCAUGGCUGCCGGUGUGCCUCUGGCCUCAGCGCAGCUGCAAUCAAGAACCAGGAGGUAUAGGCCGUCACCCUGUGAGUGGUGCCGCUGCGAACCAAAUAAUGAAGUGCAUUGUGUGGUGUCCGAUUGCGCCGUCCCAGAGUGUGUCAACCCUGUGUACGAGCCAGAGCAAUGCUGCCCCAUCUGUAAAAACGGUCCAAAUUGCUUUGCUGGAACAACGAUCAUCCCAGCCGGAAUUGAAGUAAAGGUGGACGACUGUACCAUCUGCCGCUGCCACAACGGAGACUGGUGGAAGCCGGCGCAGUGCUUGCGGCGAGAGUGCCUCAACGGCCAGUCAUUGUCAUAGACGGACUCCUACGGGGAUGGUAGAAAAGCUCAGGCAAGGCUCUGCCUACUGUGCCAUUUUGUAUGAUUGACAGGGCAGGAGCACAAUUCCUAUAAAUCCUGAGACAGCAUACAGUAGGAUCGAAGAGGUGAUCUUGCUGGCUUCACACAAAUGUAGCCAGCGAGAAGAAGAUGGAACUUGUCUCAGCUGUUUCCACACUCUGGUUUUAAUCGUCCUAUAUAUUUUCAGAAGUUGACUUGCUUGACUUGCUGCUCUCACACACACACAAAAAAGUUUCUUAGCUCCCUGAACUCUUUCCUAACCAUUGGCAAUGUUGAAUUGCUCAAAUUGAUUUCUGUACGUAUGUCAUCAGCUUGUUGUGCGUGCCAGUCACAAUCACACAGGUGUUCCAGCAGAACAAACCGUAAGCACACUUAGCAGCGCUUCUUUUGGCAUACAAGGAUUAGCACUGAUGAAAACACAGCAAAGAUGUGCUUGAGUUACACGACUUCACUCUAAGAGCUUGUUUACAAGAUGUGCAUCACACAUAAAUGUUUGCCUCUUCGUGAGACUUUAUCGCUGCGGCAGGAGCUCGCUCCUAACAUACAUGAUGCAACUUGCAACUGUCAUAUAUCAUUAACAGCUAUGGAACCUCAAAGGCUGAUUUUAUUGAUCAACACACCAUGGUUUUGAGUCAUGUCUCACGGGCAGGAUAAGUUUGUACCACCUGGAGCUGAGGGGGAAUGAAAUGUAGUUUUUCAAAAAAGAAAAAGAAAAAGAAACUGCAUCCCUGAGAAGAGCCAUGCUGCAUCAAACCCCUCCCCCCCAAAAAACAACAACUUUGGGCAACCCUUUCCAGUUCAAUUGGCUUUAUUGUUUUCUCUAAGAGGUCCAUAUUCUCCAAAAUAUUCCCACUAACUGCUUGAACUUGUUAUCAAAGCAAUUUGUGAGCCAGUAGCAGCCUGCUUUAAUUUUCCUUAAUCAAGGAGUAUUCUGUGAUAAAUCAUCCAGCUGGGUGCUUGGCGCUGCUGCAGCCUGCAUGCUGGGCACAUUCAGUGAGAACCAACAGACAAAAGGCGGGAACGUGCAUAUGUCUAAGUGCUUUUAAGCAGCAUUCACAAGCAUAUUGUUCAUAUGAGUGUGCACUAGCGUGCCAUUCAUAUACAAACUCGGGCAUAGAAUGAUACACACAGUUAAAUUAUAUCGCUCGUUUAGCUCAUGUAAUAGAUUUUCAGUUCCUACUCUUCUCGAUAUGUUGAAAUGGCUCAGGCGCUGUGGUGGAGCCACAGCCAUGGCUAUAACAUAAAGACAAGCUAAUGUAUUGCUUUGACAUUUUUUUCAUAUCAGAGUGGUCCUCAAGCAGCCCUGUCUGAAAGAAGAAAAACAAAAAGCACCCAAGCAGUGCCCAAAACACGAUGUUUUUGAAAUGAUAAAUACAAGUCAUUAAUUCAAAGGUGAAUUUCCGUAAGCUAAUGCCAUUCAUCACUAGAAUUUUUUCCAUUUCCAGAAAAUCCGUUCCCGUUAACCUUUUAGACCCUAUUCCUGGGCGGUGAUGGAUGAGCUGCUUAAUAGCAGCUCCCAGCACUCUGUAAUGAGACAGAAAUGAACAUAGGAUAAAGACCAAUGACUAAAGAGGUGCAUUACCUUAAAAGGAACUAAAACGAAUUUUAGAGGAAUCUCAUAGUCUGCAGAGUUGCUGGUUGCAGCAUAUUGGUGAUGAAGAAAUCUCUGAAUUGGAAGAUCUGCAAGGUUCAGUCUUAGGUGGAACAAAGGAGCUUGGUUCAUUUUUAUCAGCAAGUUACAGUGAUGUAGUAUGUUUCAGACGACCUAAUCUAUCUGGUCUGAGGUCUGAAGGCUCAUAAAACAAAAAUGACAUGAAUGGUUUAUCAGUCACAGCCUCAGUGCUCCACACAUUUUAGAAUUAUUAAACGAGCUUCAUUCAUCUUAAUUAAGUUAAAUGCCACAUAAUUUUUCAGCCUAUACAUGCAUCCCCCAAAAAAUGAGAGAUGCUCGGAUAUUUUGGGUCGCAACAAAGAAAGACUAAAGUGAACGUGCCAGCUGACAAGGCUCAAAGGCAUUGCUGCCACCACAGAUGCCUUAUUGCUACUGUUCCAGAUAAGAUUCACAAAGCAUGGCCUUUGGCAUCAUACAGUAUGAACAGCCGACUGCUUCAAGUGCUACUUUGUUUCACUUCUGUGUGCAGUGGUUACUGCUCUGUAUUACCCCAAACUAUUUAUUGUCUUAUCCUACGACGUUCCAGAAACAGUCAGCAGGGUGAAUGAAAGAACAAGGACGAGUGCAGUUCAAUCGCAGCUAAAAGUGCAGAACUGAACCCAGAGAUGGCUCUAAAAAUAUACCGUCACUUGAUAGUGGUAAAGAGAGAAGCUCAAGGAAGAAACUAAAGAAGGAACUUGAUCUCUGUAGAAAAGUGACAUUGUAAGUCAUUGUACUGGUUGUUCUAAUACUGAUUCCUCCAAUGCUUCUUAUCAAACUAAACUGGGUGAGCUGCCGCUGCUCAUUUUUAUGAUGUUUCAAGCUGCUUUCAUCACCUGAGUUUGAAAGUUGGAACAAAGAGAGUGAAAGGGUUGUCAACAAAAAACUGAAAAGUUAAAAGGUGUGAUCCAGACUGCUAGUGGAAAGAGGGCAUGGGAGAUAUGACAUCAAAUAGAAAAUCAUACAUUCUAAGUUGGUCGUAAAGUUAAAGAAAAACUGUGGAAGAAUUUAGUUUCACUGCACUGGAACUCGCAAGCAGAAAAGUGCUAGUGCAUACUUUGUAUUUUAAAUAACAAGCGAGAUGGAUUUGAAACCACACAGAUCAUCCCGAAAUCUUGCCUACGUUGUCAUUUGAAAGAAUAGCCUGUCUGCUAAAAACACAAAGUGGUACUGUGGCACACAUCCACUACACCGCACGUGAGAGUGGCAUCCCAGGCAAACCACACAAAAUUACAUUUCUCCUUCCAAACACAUGAAGCUGCAAGGUUUCCAGGACAGAUUAGCCGCACACGCCGUCUUUCUUCAUCUCCUGCCAAGAAACUUGAGUCUCUAUGUAUGUCUGUGAAGGUUUAUUCAAAUGACCCCAAUGUCUCCUCCUCUCCUCUUGUCAUUAAAACCACAGGCUUGUACAUGGGCAUUUUUGUAAAGGUGCAUCAUUUGCUUUUUUCCAUGAGACACCGACUUACUGUAGCUGGAAACAAUGAAAGAUUGUUUUAUCUUUUAUUUUUUUCCCCAUUUGUAAUUUUUUUUCAGCAACAAAACUGUUACAUAAAGUGUGCCUGAAAAACAACACAAAGUAUCGGUAGAGAAAGAGAGAAACACUGUUAUUAUACAAUCAACUGUAUUAUUUUUUUGGUGCACCGAGGGUCUGUUCAUGUGGGGCUCAAAUAUGGGAUAGUACAAUUUCUAUAACAAAUUGUAAUUUUAUGUUUAAAUAAAGUUGAUUGUAUGUGAAUUCAUGCUCACUCGGGUUCACCCUAAACCACAAAGCAAAGAGUCCAAAUUUCAAAUAGUUAAACAACCCUUGGUGCUCCACAUGUUGUACAUAUGUAAAUAUCUUCAAACAUAAUGUGUUUCCUGAAAUCUGAGGUGGAGUAAAAAAAAAAAAAAAGAAAAGGAAAAUGACUCAAGAAAUAAGAAAUGUGUAUUAUUCAUCAAGACGAAAAUAUUUUGUUAAAUAGAAUUCAAAAGAAGUGUUAUUCGGCAAAAAA